GUUAUCAGACACAAACAAAAAGGGCGAUGGAAGAGGCAACAAAAGAAGAGAGUGAGAAAAUGCCACAAAUUGUAGAAGUGCUGGAAGCAUUGAAACAAGCCUCACACGACAUACAACAACACCACUCCUCUGAUUCUCCCUCCGUAAAAGCUCUUCUCGAACUUCAAACCAUUCUUGCAUCAGACCCUAACCUCUCUGCUCUCUCCAACCACCUUAACCGUCUCAAAACCCUAGUUCACACGCUUAACCGCUCCAACGGUCUCCGAUCCUUUCUCACGCGCCCUCUCUCAACUCACUCACUCGCCCGAGUCGCCGCUUCGAUCGAAUCGGAAAUCCAAGCCUGGAUCGACCGCGAAACGCUCCACACGCUCUCCGCUUCGCUUAAUAACCCUCUUGACGACGAGGACGAGUUGGUCUCGCUGUUGACUCAAUUCCAGGACCGAGUCUCCCAAGGCUUCAAUCGCGAGUUGCAAGACCUGGUUCUCAAGCUGAAGCUUUUCCCCUCGCUCCAAUCGGUUCUUUUGGAUGCCAAGUGUUCGAACCGGGUUCGCGAGCGAACCGGUUUGGCCGUGGCGGCGUUGAUCCGGUUCAACAAGGACGUGUUCGUGGGUGAGGUUCUGAUGGGUCCCACUGUUCGAGCCUUGCUUUCUAUGGCUUCCCCUCUCUCUCUGGAGGUCUUGUGUUCCCUCAUCAGGUCCAUUAGGUCACCUCUUGUUGACGAGAUUGAGUCCAAUGGCGAAAUCCUCAAUGUAAUUGAAUUGUUGAAUUCUCAGGAUCUGCAAUUGCGCGUGCUGGGAUUCGAAUGCUUGCUUGAAAUUGGGUACUUUGGACGCAAGGAAGCGGUGGAAGCUAUGUUGAAAGAGGGUGUGGUGAAGAAGCUGAUGGAGUUGCAGAGAUCGGAGAAGGGUGGGGAUUUGAUUGGGUUGGAUCGUGCGGUUGAGAAGAAAGAAAGGGUUAGUGGGUUUUUGGAAAAACACCCUUUUGCGAGCUGUGUGGCGAGAUUUGCAGUGCAAUUGGAAGUGGGUGAGGGGCUGCGACAGAGAGAGAAAAGGGCUUUCAAGCCUGAGAUUUUGGUGAGAGUUAAAGAGGCUUCUAGUUCUGAUGCUGAAGCUGCUACCAUUGUUGCUGAGGUUUUGUGGGGUUCUUCGCCUUAAGUUUGUUUUUGAUUCUGUACAAAUUGGAUUUUAGGAACAAAUAAUUCAAUUGGAUUAAUAUUAGUGUAAUAAUUUUUUAUUCUUUCUUCACUGACAUUUGUAUAAUGUGUUGUUGUAAUUUGGGUACGUGAAGAAAUUAAAGGUUAAGGAGAAAUACAAUAUUGAUUUAGGGAAAUGAUUACUAUUAUUUUGUUUGUUUCGUAAUGAUAAUCGAAUCGAGA